AUGCUCUUCUCGACUCGCAAUUACUCGACCUCGCAUAUACAGGAGACUCCUGCACGCUAUAUCGUCAAUUCCCCUUUGGAAGCGGUAACCGGCACCAUGAUGGCAGAUCCGUUUGAGGUUCGCAUGCGCUUCACGGCGCAGCUACAGCAUCUGAAUGCCUCCGUCACAUCCUCGCAGAAAGCCGCGCAUUAUGCGCUCAAAUACCGCGAUAUGGACGAGGACCUUCACUCGUGUAUUCUGGAACAGCUGGAACGGAACAACAUGAACAACAGGGCCAACAUCAUGUAUUUCAUUGAGCAAUUCUGCGAAAUGGCCACCAAAGAAGACCACUCCCCUUAUGUCCGGAUGAUACAAAGAGAUAUCCUGCGAGUCGUCGACGCUGUCGCCCCGGCAGACGGUUCCGGCGCAGCCAAUGUGAAACACGUGCGCCGGGUCCUAAACGGCCUCCAGACCAAGGAAAUCCUCUCCGCCGAGACGGUAGCGGAAAUCGACGCCGGGCUCAAAGAACGAGAAACUCACCCAGCACAUCUCGACCUGGAAGCCGAGGAGGGGCCCGAAGGCAGUGGAAAAUCAAAAAAUGGGACGCCUCGCGGCACGAGGGGGAGCGGGAUGCGCGUGGACAAGCGACAGAUCGAACAGCGCAUUGAAGAAGACCGGGAACGAAACAAACGACUCCGAGAAAGCAUGUGGACAGUGAGCGGGGAUGAUGGUGAUGAGCAUGCUAAAUUCUGGGACGAGACCAGUGAUAUUGGAGAAGAUGAUUUCAUUGCUGCAAAUGAAGAACUGACGGAACGCACACAAAUGGUAACUAGUGCUUGA